CUAUUGGCAAAUCGUAGUUCACGGCGAAGGCUACCGGCCUCGAUUUUCAUGUCAAUCAUCUCGACUUGAUACAACAGACAAUCCUCCUCAAUCUUCCCCUUUUCUUAUUCGCCCAGACAAGCCACGCCAGUGACGCAGGUCUACCACCUCGAGAACAACCCCGAAGAAAUCUUUGACUACUCUCGAAUCCGGCUUUUACGAGCAUCCUCCUGCGUCCUAGCCAUUCCGCUUGGGUCAAUGUCGUGAGCAAUCUGCGUAAAUAGUACAAAGAGGCUGCACAUGCCAAAGUCGGUCGGUUCUACCCCGACAUAUUCGGCCGUCAACAUGCUGGUACAAGAGAUGGUCCUUGACAAUGACUCGAGUCAAUCCCAAGAUAUCUACGAACGGCACUUUGCGCCAAUGGCCAAAUCGUCCCGAUCAGACGUCCCUUUCCCUCUGUCUACUUCUCGGAAGCGCGCACCUUCAGUGGUCUCGAUUGCUGACCUGGAACAGGACGGACAGUCGGUAGGAGUCCUGACCAUCAGGGCGAUGAAUACACCCAUGUCCGACGGUGGUCUGCUACAAGAAAAGACGCCGUCUAUUCCAGAGUCACCAGAACCAUGCGUCGCACCACGUCUGUCGCUACACGACCUGCCGCUAGAAGUUCACGGCAAAAUACUCGACUUCAUCUUUGGUGAUAUGCAUUCUGUCUACGCCGGGUCCACAUCUCUAAGGGGGAAAAGCGUCUCUUCUCUCAUGCGACAUCCAAGAAGAAAGGCUGUAUCUGACCUGGCCUUGGUCUCAAAUACCUGGCGUGACUUGGUCCAAGAGAGAAUCUACCGGCACAUCAAAAUCAAGGGCACCCGAGCUGGCCUCGAAGAGUCUAGAGACUUCUUUUGUGAGCAUAUGCAUCUGACCAAGUUCGUCAGGCAUAUUGAAUUCUGGGUACCGGUCUGGGGCGACAAGGCGUCUUUCGAUACUCGCACGUUCAAUCCUCUGGCGGCAGACCGAAAUGGACAUUACCACCUCGCGAACCAGACAAAUGAGAGUUUAAUACCUGCCAAUGACUUUUUGGGAUUUAGCUUCAGACUCUCCUCGUACUCGGCGACUCUCUCGGAAAUCUUUACUCAUAUUGGUUGUUUCUUUCCCAACUCUCGCGUCUUUACACUAGAAGGAGGGCAUUGCAAGAAGUCCAACAUGAUUCAGCAUUUUCCCAAGUUACUGUUUCCAGACCCGAGACAGUGCCUGGAAAAGCUUCCUAAUAUCCGCACUUUUGCCAUGCGUGGAGCUUGGAACAUCAUGCGAUCCUAUAAAGACUGGAAGACGAUCGAGUCAGCCCUACCGAACGUGGAAGAAUGGCACUGUGGCUAUGCGAAGCCUCGUAUCGAAGCGGAUGCCACGAUCGAAGCGAUUCUAAAUCGCUUGCCUCUGGGUCUACGUCAUGUCAACAUUUCCCUCGACGGAAUGUACAGCAAAGACCCAUCAACCCUUGGUUCGAAUUAUAGCCCAGGUCAGCCGCACCUGUGUGAGCGUCUUGGACGGGUCCUUCCUCAAUUGGAAUCUCUGUCCUUCACUGGAAAACUUUGCGAAUGUCUAUGGACGUCUGCGUUUUUUGCACUCUCAAGCGCCAAAGAAGAGCCGCGGCUCAAAGCAUUAGAACUUGUUGUCAAGUCAUGUUGCCGCCAGCGCGUUACCGACGUUGACCCGCAGACGGGCGAGGCCAUCGUGCACGAACUCGGCGGCGUGAUGGCUGAUGGAGCCGGGAUUACGAACCUUGUUUUCAUCCGUGCAUUCGAACGAUUAGUGCUCAAGACCGUUGAGGCAUUGCCUUUAUUCCCACACCUCGAAUAUGUGCGUAUACGCUUUAUUGAUCUCGAUUCUCCUUGCACGCUCCUCAAUCCGUACUGGCUUUUGGAGAAUGGGCGAGUGUAUGGGAUCUGGAAUGAAGAAAUUGUCGAGAGGCUAAACGAUCUACGACCUGACGUUGGUUAUGUCGAGCUUGGUGAUGGUAUCGAGCAUACUGCUUGGUAUAAGUCCAGUGACAGCUCGGAUGAAGGUGUGGCCACCAGUCCGACCAGCGUUGUGCCGGUUGGGUCUGGCUGCAGUCUAUAUCCGAAGUGCAAGCCAAGGAGUAUUAAGACCAGCAGUUACAGACUUGUCGCGGAAGCAAGGGGAAGUUAGCUCGAGACUUGCUGGUCGGAGUAUUACGUCCUGCGCCUUGGAAGUGUCGAAUAUUGAGUGAUGUUGUGCUUGCAUUGAGGGAUGGCUUAUGGCAGCGAUGUACUUGGUGUUGUGGGCUUCGAUCUUUUGGAACCUUUACUGCAUGGUGUUUGUGCUAUCUUGUAUCGAUGUGCCGGACAAGAAAAGUCGU